AUGCCGAGGAGAACGCCGAUGAAAAAGGCGCGCGACGUUCUAAAUGCCCUAAGGGAGACUCUGGAUCACCCCGAAGAGCUCGGUGUCUCGAAGGAAACAGGAAUUAUUGAGCUCAGGAGACACCCCCCGCGACAAAAACUAAGACCAUUUGAGGAGUACCUGGAGCCUUCUGAGAGGCCUGAACCUGAGAGGCCUGGAGGACAUCUCGACUUUGCCUGGACUUCAGAAGCUCGUGGUAUAGAAAUCUCAGAAUACAUAACCUAUUUUGCUUUCAAGCCGUCCAGGGAGAACCUGCCCAAGUCCUGCGGCAAUCUGGGGGAAUAUAGGAAUCUGGGUGCGAUAAGCCAUCCGGACCCGUUUCUGUGGGGGGAGGCCUAG